AGGGCUGAGCAUUGCACAGAGCAGAGCCCUGCAGCCACCCAGCUCCAGCCCCGCUCGCCGUGCCAACAUCCUGCAGCACCAUGAAGGGCUCUGCAGCCGUCCUGUCCGCUCUGCUCCUCCUGGCCCUCUGCUCCUCGGCCGUGGCCCAAUUGGACAGCUUCCCCACAACCUGCUGCUUCUCCUACGCUCCACGUCCCAUCCCACGCAACCUCAUCGCCUCCGUCUAUAUCACCAGCAGCAAAUGCCGCCUGCCAGGGGUGAUCCUGGUCACCAAGAAGGGGAGGGAGGUCUGUGCAAACCCUGAGGAGCCCUGGGUGCAGAAAUGCCUGGAACUCUUCCAGAACCAAGAAAACUGACCCUUCCCUGCUCUGCCUGAGCUUGGCCUGCAGCACCACUCAUGCACCAGAGCACUUGAACUGUGCCUUCUGCAACAGGAAACAUUCUAUUUAACUUAUUUAAGUUAAAUUAAAUAUUUAUUAGGUUAACAGAAAG